AUGUCGGUCAACUCACUCCAGCUCUCCGAGUACCUGGAGAACAUGUCUGGUAUGACCUUUAGGCGACUCUACCAGCAACCAUCCGCCGCCUUCGCCGUCUUCCGGCGCAUGCUCCCGCACCUGGCCAAGACCCUCGUCAUGGCCAUACUCUACAUGCCUACUCCCUUCCUCUAUUCCGACCUCGAUGUCUGGGUCAAGCCCGCUGCCAAACGCCAGAAGGACCAGGCACUCUCCAUACUGCGCGCCCUUCACAUCAUCACGUCGAUCCCGGCUUCCAAGGACGCCCAGCCCGCCAUGGCGCUCACGACCAACUUCAAGAACAGUCUGCGCCUUGCCCUCGAAGGCGGCGGUGACCACAACUCGUUCGGCGUGCCCUCCAACAUGCCCGUGUCCGAAGACCUCGAUAUCCCUUUCCUCGACAAGUACGCGCGCAAGAAGUGGGACGACAUCCUCCACUUCGUUGUCAACUCGGUCGGUAUAACGGACGGCUCUCGCAUGUCUGGGGAGACUAGCAAUGGCCCCAAGGGCUCAGUUAAGGAGCUGCUCAUUGGCGGUCGUCUCGUUGAGCGGAAGAGCCCUACCUCACCCACCAUACACAUCACCCAGGCCGGUUUCACGUUCCUGCUGCAGGAAGCCAACGCUCAGGUGUGGACUCUGCUCCUCCUCUGGCUCGAGGCAGCUGAGGCCAAUGCCAAUGCUGGCAUGGACCAUGUUGACAUGCUAUCGUUCCUUUUCCUGCUCGCGUCUCUAGAGCUUGGCCGCUCGUACAGCACGGAUGCUCUGACCGAAUCGAGACGCAACAUGCUGCCGUCUUUGGUAGACUUCGGCCUGGUCUAUAUUCCCGCCCACGACCACAAGCAAUUCUUCCCCACCAGGCUUGCCACCACUCUCACCAGUAGCGAAAGCAGUCUCCGCAGUGUUAGCGCGGGCUUCACCGCGGCCAGCGAGGGUGUUGCCGAUGCUCAAGACAAGAACGCCAUUAUUCUGGAAACAAAUUUCAGAAUCUACGCGUACACAUCCUCGCCACUGCAAAUCGCCGUCCUUGCCCUCUUCUGUGAGCUCAAGAUGCGCUUCAGAGAGCUGGUUUCGGGCCGCCUCACUCGUGCAUCCAUCCGUCGGGCGGUGGAUAUGGGGAUCACGUCGGACCAGAUCAUCUCCUACUUAGCGACGCAUGCGCACGAGCAAAUGCACCGAGUGGCUGCUGCCACCAAGAAGCCUCUCCUGCCACCCGUCAUCGUGGACCAGAUCAGACUGUGGCAGCUCGACACGGAGCGUAUGACCGCCACCCCCGGCUUCCUGUUCAUGGAAUUUGAUAGCGUCAAGGAGUACGACCAGGUCAAGAGAUUUGCCGAGGAUGUGGGUGUGCUCAAAUGGUCGGAUGACCGAAAGGGAAUGUUCUUCGCCAACAAGGUGGAGCAGAUCAAAGAUUUCAUGAAGAAUCGGCGCAAGGAAAACCCGUGA